GAAACUUCAGUGGCCGACGACGACAUCCAUAAGCUCUGAACGUUUCUCCUGUCAUCCAGUCUUCUUUUACCGCCCUUGUCCCCGGCCACUCGCGGUGAAAUGGCAGUUCGGCAUCAGUAUGAGAACAGCAAUGAUAUCGGGGUGUUCGCAAACUUGACAAACGCGUACUGUUUAACGGCUGUCGGUGGUUCUGAGAACUUCUACAGCGUGUUUCAAAAUGAGCUAUCAAACGAUAUACCAGUCGUGAAGACUAGUAUCGCCGGAACUAGACUUGUUGGUAGGAUGACAGUAGGAAAUAAAAAUGGAGUGCUCCUGCCAAAUUCAACUACCGAUCAAGAGGCUCUGCAUAUUAGAAAUUCUCUUCCUGAUGAAGUGCUAGUUCAACGUGUUGAUGAAAGACUUUCUGCUCUCGGUAAUUGCAUAGCAUGCAACGAUUAUGUUGCUCUCAUACAUCCUGAUUUGGACGAAGAAACGGAAGAAAUCGUAUCUGAUGUCCUUGGCGUCGAAGUUUUUCGGCAGACAAUAGCAGGAAACAUAUUAGUUGGAAGCUACUGUGCAUUUUCGAACCAGGGUGGUAUUGUUCAUCCACACACGAAAAUUGAAGAUCUAGACGAGCUCUCUGCACUCUUGCAGGUCCCCCUUGUGGCAGGAACAGUUAAUCGAGGCAGUGACGUAAUAUCUGCGGGGCUUUUUGCUAAUGAUUGGACAGCCUUUUGUGGUUUAGAUACUACUUCAACUGAGUUACAGGUGGUCGAAAACAUCUUCAAAUUGAAAAGCGCCCAGUCAAGUGCUCUGGUGACGAACCUUCGAGCAUCACUUGUAGACGUCUUAGUGUGAUUCCCGGCAUAUAUUUCACUAUCGGUGUCACACGCUUGGAUCAGAAAUCAAGCAGUAACUUUUGAACGUCGAUCGCAUGGUUUACUAUAUUUCAGCCAAAGACGUGUUCAAUUCAAAAUUCGCACUUGUCCACUGUUUCCUGUUAGUCUCGUCUCGUCCCGGUGCACCUCAUAGCUCUCAAGACAGCUGCAACUGUUACAAUACCUGUUCGCACAACAAAACUGGCCUUUGCCUGUCAAAACUUCCGUUUCAGAGCGCCACCGGAGGCCGAUCUUUCUCUCCUUGAACAUGGCCAUAUCUGCUAUACAAUAUUCUCGGAAAAGUUUUGAGAAAUACCGGUUAGCCAAGCGCACGUCGACUACACCAGAGCCGCUUUCACUACCGAUGAGUCGGUAUUUCUCGAGUUUAGCACUCCUUGAGAGAAGAUCUCGAAAACCUGUUCUCCGUGCCGUGCAUAUUAAAUCAGGUCUGAAAUUGGACAGAAUCCUGAUAUGCCGUUCUCGUGACGGCAAAGUCAAAAGUUCGCUUGAUUGA